AUGAAGAGAACACCAGAAAGCUCCAAGAUGACCAACACGCCAGGCACAAACUUACCCCCCUCCACAACCUCCGGCCCCGAAUCCCCAAUCUUCUUCUUCAAGCCCGACGAGCCCCUCGGCGAGUUCUGCCAGUGGUACCCAUCCAAGUUCACCGUCAGCAAGGCCGACAUGUCCGCCCUGAUCGGCCACCCCAUCGACCCGGACGACCCGGAGGGCUGGCAGCCCAUCUACUUCGGCUGCGCCGAGCAGUUCAUGAUGUACUGCAAGGCGGGGCGAUUCCGCGACGCGGAGACGCAGAGGCUGGUCCUCGCGACCAGGGAUCCCAAGGAGCAGAAGCGCCUGGCGCGCCUGACCAGAGGGUUUGAGGCUGCCAGCUGGGAUGAGAUCAAGAGCGAGGUUGUGGUGGUCGGGAAUAUGGGGAAGUUUGGGCAGAAUCGGCGGCUGAGGAGCUUGUUGUUGAGUACGGGGGAUCGGGUUUUAGCUGAAGCGGCUUCGCAGGACCGGGUGUGGGGGAUUGGAUAUACUGCUAGGGAGGCCAUGGCGCUUGGGAAGCCGGAGCUUUGGGGGGAGAAUAGAUUGGGGAAGGCGUUGAUGGAAGUGAGGCGGCGACUGCGGGAGGAAGAGGAGCAAUAG